AUGCCGGGACAAGCUUUCGAGCUUGCGUUCACUGGUGGCCCUCCGAGCAAUCCCCGGACAUACUUUGACUACAUCUCCAGCGAUCCAGCUGUUGCCAGCAUUGACAAGGAGGUCGGCCUGGUGUUGGCAUUGAACCCUGGCAGUGCCAAUCUUUUUGUGCGGCUUCUAGAGCACCAUUCGGGUCGGGAGAUUGCUCGAGCAGGACUGUCGGUUUCGAGUCGCCCGAUGGAACUCAAGCACCACAUUUUGGUCGCAGCUCUGGGGAUAGCUGAAGGAGCCCACAUCAAAGUGACGGUUCCAAGUGGCGCUUCAAUUGGAGUUGUUGAUGCCUUGACAGGACAGACAGGUGACAGAAUCCUUUCGUGUGUGUAUUUGUAUCAUUGUCUCAAAUGA